AUGACGCAACUUAUAUUAAAAAUCAUACUAUUUUUAUAUCUUUACGGAAUUUCUUCGAGUUCAUUCAGAUCCAAAAGAUUUGAGACUGUUAAAAAUAUUAGUAAUAAUUAUAUUCCGGCUAAAGAAGAAAUUAUUGGCGGGCAGUGGCAUCCGUGUUACAGAAAUUGUGAUGAUAAAAUUAAGCGCACCUGUAAAUAUACUUUUGUACUAAAACAGUACACUUCAAUGAGUUACGCGUGUCGAGAUUGUCCUUUUAAUAAGGAGGAUUGCUUCUUAAAUGGGUGCAUUACUGCCGGUGGACAUGUUCGGCCUGUUACUGUUGCUAAUCACAUGUUACCCGGACCUAGUAUUCAAGUAUGUGAAGGAGACACAGUAAUAGUAAACGUAAUAAAUAAUUUUGCAAGUGAUUCGGCGACAAUACAUUGGCACGGUAUCCAUCAAGUAGACACACCAUUCAUGGAUGGUGUACCAUUUAUUACACAAUGUCCAAUAUUACCUCAUAAUAACUUUGUUUAUAAAUUUAAUGCAUCACCUGCCGGUACCCACAUUUGGCACUCACAUAUCGGAUUCGAAGAAGCUGACGGACUUUACGGGAGUUUAAUUGUGAGAAAACCCAACGAUCCAUUAAAUAAAUACUACGACAAUGACUUAGCUGAACAUGUUAUGACGAUUUGGCAUUGGUAUGAAAUGUCCACGGUGUAUAAAUUAGCGACUGUGCUUCAUAGAUACUCAAAAGUCUACGGCUAUAGUUUUUUAAUCAAUGGUUUGUCCUCCAAAGCAAAGUAUAUUUCGCAAAACACGUCUUACGAAACGCCUAAAGAAAUAUUUCACGUAAACGAGGGAAAAAAAUACAGAUUCCGCGUAAUGUUUAAUAGUCCCAUAUAUUGUCCAGUUCAAGUAUCCGUGGACAAUCACCAGUUAUUGGUGAUUGCUUCUGAGAGUGGUGUAUUUGAGCCUGUUCUAGUUGAUUCUUUCUUCAUAAAUGCCGGCGAGCGUUAUGACUUUGUACUUUAUGCUAAUCAAAGGCCGGAUAAUUACUGGAUCAGAUACCGUGGCAGAGGAGAUUGUGACAAAAAUGGUGUCCGGAUAUCAGAAGUCGCUAUUCUAAGUUAUUAAAUCCCAUGGCCAUCCUAGCUGAAGAUUAUUCAAACAAUUCAUUAAUUAAAGUUAUCGAUUUAAACAAUACUAAAGAUAAGUCGAAAGACAUUUCAAGGACUCCGGAUUAUGUAUUUUAUUAUAAAUUUUCAUUUAAUACUUACAUGACCCAUUAUGCCCCAGGGCCAUAUCCGCAGAUAAAUGACAUGAGCUUUGAAUUUCCAUCAGUACCAUUGCUAACGCAGUAUGAAGAUUUAUCAUCUUCGUCAAUUUGCAAUGAAGAAAAUUAUAAAAAUAAAGAAUGUUUUGAGGGAUUUUGUAAAUGUCUGCUUAUUUACAGCGUAACCAAAGACAGUUUAGUUGAGAUGGUCUUUGCGGACAUUACUGAUGACCGGGAUCAAGAUCACCCGGUUCAUUUGCACGGGCAUGACUUCCACGUGGUUGCAAUGGUGUCAAUGGGAAAAAAUGUCUCCUUUGAAGAAAUAAAAAGGCUAAAUGAGCAGGGACUCGUUGAAAAAAAAUUCAGUCGCGCUCCUGUUAAGGACAACAUCAGUGUCCCUGCUAAGGGAUUUACUGUGAUACGAUUCGUAGCUUCUAAUCCUGGGUACUGGUUCUUGCACUGUCACCUGGCGAACCACAUGGAAAUGGGAAUGGGCUUCAUCCUCAAAGUCGGAGAACAUUCACAGAUGACUAAGACUCCGAAAAAUUUUCCUAGAUGCGGCAAUUAUCAUCAUUAA